CGCCGGCUGACGCGAAUGACGCUGCGCCAGUCAGGCCGCAGCCCCGCUGCUUGGCCCGUCGGGCCCGCCUUGGCCGGCUCGGCCCGCCCCCGGCCCUCCCUGCACGGCCUCCCGUGCGCCCCUGUCAGACUGUGGCGGCCGGUCGCGCGGUGCGCUCUCCCUCCCUGCCCGCAGCCUGGAGAGGCGCUUCGUGCUGCACACCCCCGCGUUCCUGCCGGCACCGCGCCUGCCCUCUGCCGCGCUCCGCCCUGCCGCCGACCGCACGCCCGCCGCGGGACAUGGCACACGCACCGGCACGCUGCCCCAGCGCCCGGGGCUCCGGGGACGGCGAGAUGGGCAAGCCCAGGAACGUGGCGCUCAUCACCGGUAUCACAGGCCAGGAUGGUUCCUACCUGGCUGAGUUCCUGCUGGAGAAAGGCUAUGAGGUCCAUGGAAUUGUACGGCGGUCCAGUUCAUUUAAUACGGGUCGAAUUGAGCAUCUGUAUAAGAAUCCCCAGGCUCACAUUGAAGGAAACAUGAAGUUGCACUAUGGCGAUCUCACUGACAGUACCUGCCUUGUGAAGAUCAUUAAUGAAGUAAAGCCCACAGAGAUCUACAACCUUGGAGCCCAGAGCCACGUCAAAAUUUCCUUUGACCUCGCUGAGUACACUGCGGACGUUGACGGAGUUGGCACUCUACGACUUCUAGAUGCAGUUAAGACUUGUGGCCUUAUCGACUCUGUGAAGUUCUACCAAGCCUCAACAAGUGAACUUUAUGGGAAAGUGCAGGAAAUACCCCAGAAGGAGACCACCCCUUUCUAUCCCCGGUCACCCUAUGGGGCAGCAAAACUCUAUGCGUAUUGGAUUGUGGUGAACUUCCGUGAGGCAUAUAAUCUCUUUGCAGUGAAUGGCAUUCUCUUCAAUCAUGAGAGUCCCAGAAGAGGAGCUAAUUUCGUUACUCGAAAAAUUAGCCGGUCAGUAGCUAAGAUUUACCUUGGACAACUGGAAUGUUUCAGUUUGGGAAAUCUGGAUGCCAAACGAGAUUGGGGCCAUGCCAAGGACUAUGUGGAGGCUAUGUGGUUGAUGUUGCAGAAUGACGAGCCAGAGGACUUCGUUAUAGCUACUGGGGAGGUCCAUAGUGUCCGGGAAUUUGUCGAGAAAUCGUUCUUGCACAUUGGAAAAACCAUUGUGUGGGAAGGAAAGAAUGAAAAUGAAGUGGGCAGAUGUAAAGAGACCGGCAAAGUUCACGUGACUGUGGAUCUCAAGUACUACCGGCCAACUGAAGUGGUAAGGACUCUCUGGCCACCCAGUGCGUGGCCACAUUUGGCUGGCUGGCUGGGCAAAUGCGCUCAUGGAAUGCCUGCUGCCAGCCUUUGGAGCUGUCAGUUCAGCUCCCUGGCAUCCUUCAGCGUGCAUUUCCAAAAUCAGAACACAGUGAAUUCAAUUUGAGAUUAUCAUUCUUACCACAAACUUCAUUGCUCUAUAAAGGAAAACAAGAGUUAAACCCACCAAAAGAAAUCAUUGAUUUCAGAAAUGGAAUCUCACAUCACAAGCAGAUCUCCUCAUGUUGGUCUCCUAUUCUAAUGGCUGGUCCCUGAUAACCUACAGGAUGCCUGACUUAACAACGGUGUCCCAGACCUGCAGGACAUCUGGGUCCUCUCCAGCUGUGUCUAUGUCUGUGUCUGUGUACUCAUACACAAGUGCAUACUUGCACACUAUACCAUAAAUGGUCUCCUCUGCUUUUUAUAAGACUCAGGUCAGGGACCACCCUGUCCAUGUAGCCUUUUCUGGCCAAUACAUCAGUACUGCUGAAAUUCCUUCCCACUCCUUUCUUUGUAUCCACAUUAUAUGCUAUUCAUAAUCCUAUUAUAGUACCUAUUAUAACUCACCAUAAUCAUUUGUUUACAUGUCUUUCUCUCUUUACCAAAUUGUGAACUCUUUGAGAAUAGGGACUUUUAAAAAAUAUCUUAAGGCCAGGCACAGUGGCUCACGCCUGUAAUCCCAGCCCUUUGGGAGGCAGAGGCAUGCAGAUCACCUGAGCUCAGGAGUUCAAGACCAGCCUGACCAACAUGUGGAACCCCAUCUCUACUAAAAAUACAAAAUUAGCCGGGCAUGGUAGCGCAUGCCUGUAAUCCCCACUACUCAGGAGGCUGAGGCAGGAGAAUCGCUUGAACCCAGGAGAUGGAGGUUGCAGUGAGCCGAGAUCGCGCGCCAUUGCACUCCAGCCUGGGCAACAAGAGUGAAACUCCAUCUCAAAAAAAAAAAGAAAA